AUGGACUCCACCAACCUCGCCCAAGAAAUAACCACCCACCUCCUCUCCCGCGGCCUCCACCCCUCCCCCACCUGGCUCACCACGACCUUCCUCCCAACCAUCCGCCCAACAACUCCCCUCCCCGCCCUCAAACAAACCGCCCUCUUCCGUCUCCUCGCCUCCGACAUCACGCAAACCCUCCAGCGCACCCCCUCUUCCGUCUUCCCCCCCGACAUCCACAACGCCACCAUCCGCGAGCGCCGCCUCGCCGGGCCCAUCGCAGUCCAGGUGCUCGACAUCGAGGACAUCGGCCGCAGUCGCUGGAGCCAGGUCGAGGCGCUCGAGGCAGCCGAGAGGGGCGAGACGACCAAGGGGCGGGAGAUCAUACGGGCCGUGCGGGCCGAGGACGGAGGGGAGGGGGCAGACGCGGAUGCGGACGUUGCGGGUAGCGGGGGGCCGCAUAAGUUGGUUUUGCAGGAUGCGCAGGGGGUGAAUGUGUUUGGGAUUGAGCUUACGGCUGUUGAGGGGGUGGGGGUAGGGAUGAAUAUCGGCGCGAAGAUUGUGCUAAGGGAUGUGCUGGUUGCGAGGGGGGUGGUGUUGCUGGAACCGGGGAGUGUGAAGGUUGAGGGAGGGAAGAUUGAGGGGGUGCAUAAGGCGUGGAGGGAGGGGAGGAAGGAGAGGUUGAAGAGUGCGGCGGGGAUUACGGAAAGGGGUUGA